AUACAAAGAUAUUUACGAGCAAAACGCGCAAAAAACUGGGUAGAAGGAAACUCUUUUUCGGCUCAUCUUUAAAGUCGGAAGUUGCUCCGAAGUUGCUUUCAAAACUUGUUAUAUUAUCCCCAAUUUAGGCACUCUUUCUCCAUUGGUUUUAGUUUUCGAAUUCGAAAUCGCGUUGUUAAAAGAUAUAGUUAUUUUGGGAUCGAGAAAACAUGGGAGGUGGCAAGAACGAAGAAUCAGAUAAGGGGCUAUUUUCAAAUCUUGCUGGUAUGGCUGGUCAUGUAGCUGGUCAUGGAGGUCAUGGAUAUCCUCCAGGACAGUACCCUCCUCAGCCUGGGGCAUAUCCACCGCAAGGUUAUCCACCACAGCAAGGUUACCCCCCACAAGGUUAUCCUCCACAGCAAGGUUACCCUCCUGCCGGCUACCCGCCAGCUGGUUAUCCCCCUGCUGGCUACCCUCCGGCUGCUCAUGGCCCAUCAGCCUCACAUCAUUCAGGACAUGGCGGUAUGGGGACACUCUUAGCUGGCGGGGCUGCAGCGGCUGCAGCUGCUUAUGGUGCAUCUCACUUGGCACAUGGUGCUCAUAUGCCUCAUGGUGGUGGUCACAUGCCCUAUGGAGGAGCUCAUAUGCCCUAUGGAGGAGCUCAUAUGGGUCAUGGAGGCAAGUUCAAGCAUGGGAAGCACGGCAAAUUCAAGCAUGGUAAGCACGGGAAAUUCAAGGGUGGGCAUGGAAUGUUCGGGGGAGGCAAGUUCAAGAAGUGGAAGUGAGUGGAAGUGAUUUGCUCUUGUUCAUCAACUGAAUCAUAUGACCCCUGACUCUUCAUAUGUCAAUUAGUUGAUUUCGGUUUUCUUCUUCAAUAAUUCAUACAUUCUAUGAUGACUUCAAUCGCUUUGUUUAUUUGACGAUGUUGGGUUUGACAUGUUUUUACAAAUAUAUACAUUUAUAUAUACAUAUUACCUUCCGGCUUUUAUCAA